AUGAUUUUCAAAGAAGAUCUUGCCGCAUAAUUUAAGGAAGAAAGCAAUAGAACUGGCACAUCAGGGCCAUAUGGGGGCUUCAUCAAUGAAACGUAUCUUGCGAAACUAUUUCUGGUGGCCUGGUAUGAGUAACGAGGUAGAAAAACAUUUAGACAAAUGCGAAUCAUGCCUAAGAUUGUCAAAGAAAAAUGCUCCACUUCCACUCACUUCUAGAGAAUUGCCACAAGGACCAUGGGAGAUCCAACAAAUAGACUUUUUCACUGACAAAGAUUUCGGCCACGGAGAAUUUUUGGUGGUAGUGGAUGUUUAUUCUAGGUACAUUCAUGUAGUCGAAAUGCAGCAUGUCAAUGUCGACUCAACUAAUUCUGUUCUGUUGAAGAUUUUUGAAGUGUGGGGUUAUCCCUUGGCAAUACAGAGCGAUAAUGGGCCUCCUUUUCAGAGCGAUAAGUUUGUCAAAACAUGGGAAGCCAGAGGCAUAAAGAUACGAAAGUCCAUCCCUAUGAGUGCCCAAUCUAACGGGGCAGUUGAAAGGCAGAAUAUCGGUAUUAAACAUGUCUUAGCAGCGGCCAAGUUAGACAAGAUUAAUUGGAGGAAAGCAUUGGACAAUUAUGUACAUCUACACAACAAAGUACGACCACUGUCACGUUUAGGAGUUACACCCUUCGAAUUAUUAGUUGGUUGGAAGUUCCGUGGAACUUUUCCGUGCCUUUGGGAAACAAAUUCUCCUGAAUUGUUGGAUCGCACCGACAUUAAGGAGAAAGAUGCAGUUUCCAAGUUGAAAAGCAAGAAAUACGCAGAUUGUCAAAGGGGUGCCAAAGAAUCGGAUAUUCGGGUAGGAGAUACCGUUUUGGUCGCUAAGCAGAAAAAGUUGAAAUCGGACCCGGAAUUUUCUGCAGAAAGAUAUUCAAUAAUUGCAAGAGACGGAGCAAAAGUGACCAUUCGUAGCGACAGAGGGGUUCAAUACUCUCGCAAUGUACAAGAUGUUAAAAAGGUUCCAGAAUGUUUACUAGAAUCUACUAACAAAAUGAUUGACACAGAGAUGGAAUCGGUAACAGAAAAAUUGGGAGAAACAGACCCAAUCGGAAUGGACCUUGAGAACACAAUCGAUCACGACAUAGAAAUCAAUCAGCGACCAAAGAGAACAAAAAUGAAACCAAGCAAGUUUAAAGAUAUGUUACUGUACAGCAUUUUUGAAUAAAGUAAAGUCAACCAAAAAUUACAUCAUCAAUCAAGGCUAGAAACAUAAAACAAGACAACUGAAACCUCCUAUGAACCGAGAAAAACAAUGCACAAUUGCCACAUUGCAUAAAUGAAAUAAUACCAGAAUGUUUUAGAAAUAUAAUAUUAUUAAAGAGUAGAGGAGAGAAGUAUUGUAGAGAUUAAGAUA